GCACCUUCUUUAACAUGUUAAUAGAAAUACACAAUUGUAUAAAUUAUUCAUUAUUAUUUAUAUGAUUCAGAAUGUAGCUUAUAAUCAUCUAAAAUGUGUUAUUUGUGUUAUUUAUGUGUAGUUUACCAUGAGAAUGACUUCAAGCAGUGCACUGUUUCAGUGCCACUAAAAUGAAUACAAUAUUUCACAACAGCUGCAGUGACAGUGUAUAUAAUAUACAGUGUCAUAACAGGUACCUAAAGGUCAUACUUGAGUCAAAGUAAGGAAAUUGUGUUACAGUAUUACUUUGGUAAAAAUGAAAGUCGCCCAUAUGGAUCACACGCAAGCAAAAGUCUUAAAGCAUCUGAUACUGAAUGUACUCCAAGUAAAAGUUUAUUGUUCAUAUCAUGCAUGUGUACACAGUAUACUAAUUGUCAGCCUGGCUGAUCAGUAUGGUUUCUAUUUAGUUGUCUAUAAGAUAGAUUGAUUAGAAAAUGCAGCAUGGGCAAUGUAGUGAGUAAAAGUAAAAUAUUUGCCUCCAAAUGUGACGGAGCAGAAGUACAAAGUAAAAUCAAACUGAAAUAAUGCCUCAAAAUUGUGCUUGAGUAGAAGUAGUUUGGCAGACUCCAUUAUUGUGCACAAAUACUGUACUUUAACAUAUAGCACAUAGUCUCAUCUAACACUUAUCUGAUAAUGCGACUGUGUGUGAACAGUGUCAACAGAAGGCUCGCAAGUUUAAAGGGCCAUUGUGUAUGAAUUUCACAAGUAAGUAGGAACCAGAAGGAACCUGUUGCAACAGGUGCUGCAGCGGCGCCUGUCACAUAACAGUGAUAACUCUGCUUCCACCUGGUGGCUUUACAUGAACACACAGUGUCUCCCACCUCUGCCACAGUGACUUCACACGGAACCACAUGAGAAACCACAUUAUCACCAUUGACAGUAACCAGAAUGAUGACGUGUGCAUGGUCGGAUUAAAUGCCGCACAUUCAAAUGUUUGAUUGUACCAGUGCCACAAUAGUGUCCGUCCUCAGCAUGUUCAGUUUCAGGAGAAAUAUUAAAAACCUGCAGCAGGACCUUCACCACUCUCCACUCCAUCAUACUCCACCUCCAUCUCGCUCAUGAGGAAACCAACAUACAGUAUACAAUACUUCCUGUAAUUGGAGGAGCCACUUUAGAAGUGAGGAAGGCUUUUGGGAGGAGGAGGGAGAUUUUAAUAACUGAGAAGUCUGUGAUUGGACGAAUGCGGUGAAGCAUGAAGGGUGCCCCGGCUUCACCUAUGAUUAAAUCUGAGCUCCAGAGAAGUGUACUGCUAUCACUGGCUCCCGCGUAGCUGGUGACACGUCUAUACCCAACACCUUCCUGCUCACCUGAAGCUUUGGACUGCAGCAUGCAACAACCGGGCCGGCUGAGGCUGAGGCCGUGGCUGGAGGAGCAGAUUCAGUCUGGGAGGUAUCCAGGAGUCAGCUGGCUGGACCAGUCAGCGCAAAUCUUCCAAAUCCCGUGGAAACAUGCCGCCCGACACGGCUGGAGUAUUGACCGAGAUGCUACACUCUUCAGGAGCUGGGCCAUGCACACUGGGCGGUACCGUCCCGGCAAAGACAAGCCAGAUCCCAAGACAUGGAAGGCAAACUUCCGCUGUGCCUUGAAUUCCCUGCCUGACAUCUGUGAGCUGCAGGAGCACAGCAGGAAGAGAGGCAGCAACGCCUACAGAGUCUACAGGAUGAUGCCCAGCACGCAAACACACAGACGCAGGAGAGGGCUGCGGUUUUUCAGCAGGCCUCGAGAAAGACAGACCAGUUCAGGUGAUGACGCGUACACCGCGCACGCGUGGCAGCCCACCACCACCAGACCCACAUCAGACACAGCACAGAAGGUGGAGGCCCCCGCAGGAGACACAUUCAGCAGCACUCAGACACACGGGAUGUGGGAGGCCAAACCAGAGGACCUGGAGCAGAACGAGGCUGUGUUUAAGUUGAUGGACCACUUAAGCAAUGCUGACCUCUGGAACCAGACUGGGGAGCAGAGAGGAUGGAGAACAAACACGCUGUGGAACCAGUGGCACUGUGCUGCCGACGAUAACCCGUACUCUCUGCACACAGACUGCAACGAUCUGUUUGGUCCAAACUACAUCAAGGAGCUCUCUGAUUGGUCCACACAUCAGCAAACACUGAUGUUGUAGCUGUGCACCAACCCCUCACCCUCCUGCUCUGCACGCUGCCCUUAUACUUCCCUUCAGGUCUUUCUUGCUAACCCUUGGCUGUUUCCCCUCUCCUGCCGUCUGUCUGCUGAGCUGACCGCUGAAAAGGAGAAACAGGAGAGGGGGAGCGGACGGAGAAUAUUGCUCCGUCAGUCAGUCAGCCAGUCAGACGGACGGUCACUGUCUCUGCUGAGCACGCUGAUCAAGAUGAAGAUCCUGUUCCAAGCCAAGCUUCACCUCUGUCAUCAUCACUUGGGUUCACUGUGGUUCAGCGGCUCAAACUCACUGAUACGACACAAAGCUCACAGCGCAGCUUCCAGAGUCAACAGAUCUCAUUUCGCUUCAGUGCAGCAUCACUUAUUUCUCUGAGCUUUACUGGAUGUUUAGGCAACAUGAAGGUUUGUAGGUUUAUGUUCUUUUUGUGUGAUAUUAAAAAACCCUCAAUGUUCACCACAAAACACAGUAAGCUGACUUAUGUUGCAAUAUAUAAAUAUAUAUACAGGACACACAUAUUUCUGUCACAUGUUUGAUUCCUAUACCUUUUGCAGCUUUUUUUUGUAUCAGCUUUAAGGAUUUCAUCAAAAAAGAAAGUGUUUUUAAUUUUUAAGACAACAAGAUGGUGCAGUUUGUUUUGUGUAACCUGUAUUGUGCACGUUUUAUGUUUUUAUAGCUUGCUCGACCACCCAAUUAAUAAUAACAGAGGUCCAAUCUGUUGAUCAAUAUCGGAUUGUAUUUGCCCUCAUAUGUAAUGCACAUGUAUCAACAUACUGUAAAAAUAUCAAUGUCAUUGACUGUGUGAGAAGACUGACUCCUCGUUCAUCUUACUUGAUUACAUAAACUUUAAUAACUACUGGGGAAUAAAGAAGAUCCCCACAGUCCUCCACUGAACUGAUGUCUUGAGUAAAAAACAUAAGCUGACCUGUAUAGUGGCUCUUAGUUAUUUACUGACUUUAAAACUUGCAUUUAUUGUUUUAACAUGUUAAUAAAGAUAUUUUUCGACCAUGUG